AUGGAAGGCACCAUAGUUGAUGUGCCACUUGGUCGUGGAGGAAAACCCAAACGGGUUCGCACUCAAUUUACUCCAGAGCAAAUUCGCCAUCUCGAGGCGAAUUUUCAAUCAAAUAACUAUCCACCAAAACCAAAGCGAGAGGAAUUGGCGGAGAUGCUGGAUUUAACUGUGCGGAAUGUUGUUGUGUGGUUUAAUAACCGCCGAAUGCUUAAGAAGAAACAACAGAUGUCUACAGUGAGUGAAACUCAACCAGUUCAACAAUCACCAACAUCCGUGAAUACGAUGAAUAGCCGUGAGUUUCAUGAAUAUAUGCCUAGAUUUGAGCAUUCAGCUCACGCAAGUAUGUAUCCGGAUAUUUUUAAAAAUUUGACGCCUGACGAAUGGAAUGCUAUACUGAGCGCCGAUGGAUAUGAUCUUGAUAUGAAAAUAUGGUAA